UUAAAUACUAUCCGUUACAAAUUCUUUAUAGAGUAUUCAAAUUUAAACUCUCACGACAAAAGCCCUCACAACGCUCCAUAUUACCAGCGCAAUUCACCUAGAACAGAGCAAAAUUGACAAAGAUUCAAAUGGGUGCUUCUGGAAAAUGGAUUGCUUCACUCAUUGCUACCAAGAAAUCUCAUAGACCAAAUGACCCUGAGAGAAUGGGUGGUGGAAAGGGUAAGAAAUGGACGUUGUGGAGGAGUUCUUCUUCGGGUUCUGGAGGAGGCGUUACGACGUUGUCAGAGGGUACUAAAGUACGAGGACGGUUGUCAGAAGCGGCAGCGAGUGAUUCUCCGUUUAUGGCUGCCGCUAUGGCUACUGUUGUUCAAGCUCCAGCUAGAGAUUUUAUGGUGGUGAGGCGACAGUGGGCUGCUAUUCGUAUUCAGACCGUUUUUCGGGCUUUUUUGGCAAGGCGGGCUUUGAGGGCUCUGAAAGCAAUAGUUAGGCUUCAGGCUAUUGUUCGCGGAAGACAGGUCAGGAAGCAAGCUGCGGUGACACUGAGGUGCAUGGAGGCUCUUGUUCGAGUGCAGGCUCGGGUCAAGGCUCGAUGUGCGUCCGCAGAAGUGCAGAAAGACGAGCCUGAUUCGAUCAAACAGGGCGGAUGGUGUGAUAGUCAUGGCACGAUUGAGGAAGUGAAGACGAAGCAGCAUAUGAAACAAGCCGGAGCAAUGAAGAGGGAGAGAGCAAUUGCAUAUGCCCUUUCUCAGCAACAACUUAGAACGAAUCCCGGUCUGAACUCAAGAAAAAACAAGAUGGGUGCGUGUAAUAAAUUUGAUAAAAACUCUGGUAUGAGCUGGUUAGACGGUUGGAUGGCGAACAAGCCAUGGGAAGGCAGAUCGAUGGAAGAAUCCCAAAUGGACUCGCCAGAUUUGUCAUUCGCUUCCAAGAAUAAAGAAGACUAUAGUGUUACAUCAUGGUCCAAUUAUUCGGAACAUGAUUCAGUGAAUGUCAGACGGAAUAACAUCUCAACCAGAAUAUCUAGCAGGCCUCAAUGCUCGGAGUUUCUUAGCAAUGAGAGCCUGUCGUCAAUUUCAUCCACAACUUCUGAUACUCCUGGAUCCAGCUGCACUUUGGCAGAGGGGAGUACCGUUAAGCGAGCUGGUUACAUGAAUUUAACAGAGUCGAUUAAGGCGAAACAAAGAGGUUCAGUCGACAGUUCACAGUUGUGCAAGAAACCAAGCCCGCUUUCUAAAGGUCUGGCAAGAAGAAAUGCUGCUUGUCAAUUUCGUUCAGUCGAUUUGAGCUAGAAUUUUUACAUACAUCCAGGGGCAUGUGAAUGGAAUUUAAGGAUAGUUCUAGUGAAGAUUACUAUGUGAAAGUUUUGCUUGUUUUGGGUGCUAGCUUUUGGAGUUCAACUAGUUCUGUUGGACGAUUCGCAAUAGCUACAGGAUUGAGUUGAAGGAAUGAUUCAAACAAACAGGUGAUCCUUUAAAAAUCUUUGUAUUCAAAUUGUUACUUUGUUACAGUUACCAGCAGAAAAGACAUUUGGAUGGACUGACUUCAUAAUGUUGGUUGAUGUUAAGAGAAAUGUCUGAGAAGCAAACUUGUUUGAGUUUUUUUUCAAAAAUAUUCUAGGUUGGAGAAAUUAUUUUCAAAAAUAUGGUGCAACCUCAUUUACAACACCAAUAACGUGGAAAUCAGCUCUAAAUCAACUGUGUCGCAAUAUGA